GUGUGUGUUCAUAUGUGUGUUUCAGUGGGUCUGAGCUGUGCGGGGAAGUUUCGUUGUGGUUCUUCAUCUAAAUGCAUCAGCAGGUCGGCUCAGUGUGACGGUGAGGUGAACUGUGAAAACGGAGAGGACGAGCUCGGCUGUGUGCGGCUGAGUGGGAGGAGCUCCGUCCUGCAGGUCCGCAGAGGAAGCAUAUGGAGGACGGUCUGCGCCGAGGACUGGAACAACUGGUUGGGGAUGUCAGCCUGCAAACAGCUGGGUUACUCCAGCUACGUGGAGUCGUUCUUCGUCUCUCUGACGUCCAUCGAGCGGGACCUUCAGAACAACCUGGUGUCCCUCUACCUGAGCCAAUCACAGAUCAUUAAGCUUCAGGACGCCUCCUUCUUCAGUAAAGGUCAGUGCAGCUCAGGGAAGGUGACCACUCUGAAAUGUCUGGAGUGCGGCUCCAGGCCUCUCUUCAGCACCCGUAUCGUCGGGGGAAACCUCUCCAAGCCGGGUCAGUUCCCCUGGCAGGUCAGCCUCCACUUCAGGACAGAACACCUGUGCGGAGGCUCCAUCAUCACGUCACGUUGGAUCCUCACCGCAGCGCACUGCGUCUACGGGUUCGCGGACCCCGCCAUGUGGGGAGUCCACGUGGGGCUGACGGAGCAGCAGCUUCCGGUGCUCAGUCUCUGGCUGUGGAGCACGAUCAUAUACCACUGCCCGCUACAGGCCCAAAGUAGGAGACUACGACAUUGCGCUGAUGAAACUGACCACGUCGCUUGUUUUCAGUGGUAACGGUGUCUUUUUUUCUUUCACACCAAACACCCUGCUCCAUUUUCACUCAUUCAUUAACAGAUAAAACAACAACACACAGCAGCAGCU